AUGGCGGGAGCGAACUUCCUCUCCACCGCGCCGCUUGUCGCCCACGGCGUCGCUGCCAGCUCUUCCAUUUGGACUCCGACGCGGAGAUUCGAGUGUGCUGCCGGGCUGACGCUGAGGGCUCGGAGGCUGCUGCUCAUAAAGAGCGUCUGCAAUUCCGUCGGAGACAAUUCAUUGGCACCUGCAUCGGGACCGCCAUUGGAAAUGAUCGACGGCUCUACGAGAUUCUCUGGAGUGGCUACUGCAGCUGAUCUCAUAGAGCGUAGACAACGGUCUGAGUUCCAAUCAAAAAUCAAAGACACCCUCUACGUAGCCAUAAAGGCCAAGCCAGAGCUCGUUCCAUCUUUGUUGACCUUGGCAUUGAAUGAUGCCAUCACAUAUGACAAGGCCACAAAAACUGGAGGUGCAAAUGGGUCUAUCAGGCUAGAAACAAGCAGACCUGAAAACAGUGGGCUCUCUGCUGCAUUGGAUUUGCUGACUGAAGCCAAAAAGGAGAUAGAUUCCUUUUCCAAGGGAGGUCCCAUUUCAUUUGCAGAUCUGAUCCAGUUUGCAGCACAAUCAGCACUGAAGAGAUCGUUUCUUGACGCUGCCAUUGCCAAAUGUGGUGGAAAUGAAGAGAAGGGAAGAACCCUAUACUCUGCAUAUGGUUCAAAUGGGCAGUGGGGUCUGUUCGAUAAAACAUUCGGGAGAGCAGACACAGAAGAAGCAGAUCCAGAGGGACGAGUGCCUGAGUGGAGCAAAGCUUCUGUGCAGGAGAUGAAGGAUAGGUUCGUCGCUGUUGGGUUGGGUCCUCGCCAGCUUGCUGUUAUGUCAGCGUUCCUUGGACCUGACCAGGCUGCUACCGAGGAACGACUGAUAGCUGAUCCGGAUUGCCGUCCAUGGGUAGAGAAGUACCAGCGGAGCCGCGAGACUGUCUCCCGGACUGACUAUGAAGUAGACCUGAUAACCACACUCACAAAACUGAGCUCCCUUGGCCAGAAGAUAAACUAUGAAGCCUACACAUACCCUAAGCAAAAGAUUGACCUGGGCAAAUUGAAACUGUAA